CUAAGGCGUCCGUGAACACUGAAGCACCAGUACGGAGCCCCGCGGCGGCACCGCCGCCUCUCCAAGCCCUUCCCACUCCCUCCCAUCAGCGCACACACACACACACACACACGCACGCACUUCUCACACACGCUCCACUCACACGCUCUCACGCCGGUCUCUCCGGCAUUUCUCCCUGCGGCGCCGGUCCCAUGGCUCCCCCCGCGCCUUCCCCGGUCCGCCGCCGCGGUGCGGGCGCUGCCGCAUUUAAUCCCUUUGCGAACCGGCCCUGAGCCGUAGCGGCCCCCGGUGUUCCCCUCGCCAGGGGCGGCCCGGCGCCAGCCCACCCCGUCGGGCCGUGCGGGGGCGGGGAGCGCGGGCUGCCGGCCUCGCUCCCUCCGGCUCCGGCCACGGCGAGCGAACCCACCCGCGGCCGCACCGUGAGACGAGCCCGCGGGGGUCGGGCGCAUGCGUGGGGCUGGCGAGCCACCGUUCCCGGUCGCCCAGCCCGCCGGGACCGGAGGGGAAGCGUGCGAGGACGCCCAGGGGGGCGCCGCUGCCGACACCCCCAUGGGAUCAGAGAGGACAGAGAUACGCAAACGGCAGAUGGCUACAACCCCGGAGACCCCAGGUGCUGCACAAGCUCAGCUCAGCACAGGAAAUCGAGGGUCCAAUGCCUGCUGCUUUUGUUGGUGCUGUUGCUGCAGCUGCUCAUGUCUUACUGUUAGAAAUCAAGAAGAAGAGAGAGCAAGGAGAACAUCUCAUGAACUCCAAGCAGAGGGUAUUCCAAACUGUGAGGAAAGCCCUGCUCCUACUCUCGAGGAAGUGAAUGCCUGGGCUCAAUCAUUUGACAAGUUGAUGCUUACUCCAGCUGGCAGAAAUGCUUUCCGUGAAUUUCUACGAACAGAAUUCAGCGAGGAAAACAUGCUUUUCUGGAUGGCCUGUGAGGAACUAAAACAAGAAUCCAACAAAAGCGUCAUUGAAGAAAAAGCAAGACUAAUUUAUGAAGAUUACAUUUCUAUCCUUUCUCCAAAAGAGGUCAGUCUGGACUCCAGAGUAAGAGAAGUUAUAAACCGAAAUAUGCUGGAACCCUCACAACACACCUUUGAUGACGCACAGCUUCAAAUUUAUACCCUAAUGCACAGAGACUCUUACCCACGGUUUAUGAACUCUGCUAUUUAUAAGGACUUGCUUCAGUCCUUGUCUGAAAAAUCCACCGAAGCAUAGAAUUUUUUCUUAAAUGUAUUUAUUUUAAAACAGACGGGACUCUGGGCUACAGAAAUCCACAGGGAAUUUAGAAUUAAUCAGAUAUUUACCUGAAAAUAACUCAGGCAAGUUUUACUACAGACUGAAUAAUUUAAAUCCGCACAAAGCUCUGACACAUUCAGCUGAGUACAGUUUCUGAUCAAAUUCAGUGUUAUUUUGCAAAAGGAAACUAAGAGAAUGAAGAAGAAAUGUUGUUCAAAAAAUGCAGUCUUUUUUCAAACACAGCAGACAAUUCAGACACAAAACUAUUACAACCUGUGUCUGAGGUACAAAUACCAACUGAGAAUGAAAACUAAAAUUGAUUUUUAAGUGGAGUUAGAAUUUUCUUGAAAACCAAACCAGUUGCCCCACCCACACUGUGACCAAAGUAAAAAUUUUACUGUCAAUACUGGGUUACUCUAGGCAGUGCCAUCAUACCUGGCAUAGGUACACUCCACUUGUUUUGGUAUAUUUAUUGCAUAUAUAGUGCACUAAUGGAAAUUAGGAUGGCAAUCUUAUGAAAGUUACUGGUUGAAAUAAUGCUGCCUACAAAAGAUCUUUUGGUAAAGAAUUGUUAUUUUAGUACUAGAAUCUGCUGAAAGCAUUAAGUUCCCUUUACUGAUGUUCAUAAAAUUAAAUUAUUUACUUCAGAGGAAGACAAGUCUGGGCAUUCAAAUUCCAAAAUAAAGCACAAGAAUUCUCACAUAUUCUUCUCUUCCCUUAGUAGGUGUAUGUAAAACCCUUCACUGCUUGCUCCGAAGAGGACAGCAGUUUUAGCCACCUUGGGUUUGUAAAUACUAAAUUCUCCCAUUCCCUGACAGAUCUUGUAGGGUUUCCAUUACAGAUACACACACAAUUUACUUAAUAAAAGCAGGAGAUCAAACUUGUGUUCUGGUACAGCACUAUUUCAGACUGUCCAACAGCACCAGCUCUAUCCAGUAAUAAACCACGUUCAUUUACAGUAUACCCAAACCAUUACACUUAAUUCCUGGUCAUAUCUCAAAAUCAGUAAUCACAGGAAAAACUAGGACGAAAGUAAGUUGAAUCCACAUAAACUAUCUGUAGAUCUGUUACUCUAAUGUCUUCUUUCUUUUAAAUUACAAGAUUCACUACAAUUCCACUAUAUUAAACUCUGGAGUUUAUAGUGGAUUUCCACUGAACUGUA